GUCCAGUGUUCGAGUUCGCCCAUGAACGAUGGAAGCGCGCUCCCGAUACUUCAGGUGAAUGAGAGGGAAGCAGAGGAGCGGGAUACGGUUCACUGUGCGUCGCAUUAAAAAGGAACAAUUAGAGGAAAAUGAGUUGUGUUACGUCGCUUGGGGCGCAUGUUUUUAUGACAACAUAUCUACUCUUCUUGAUGGGAUGCGUUGCACAGAAAGUAUACUUUGACUGUGGUGCCAGGGUGGAUGUGGUGGAUGUCCAAGGCCUCAUUCUGUCCCCUGGCUUCCCCUACAACUACUCCUCUGGGACACACUGCGUUUGGCAGUUCUUUGUGCCUGUCAAUUACCAGCUUAUUCUGGAGAUAUUUGACUUUGACGUGUUUGAAAGCCAUGACUCCGCUGCAGAGUACUCUGCUAUCUCUAAUUUUGAAGAGGAGGAGACAGACGAAGAGGUGACUUUCGAUCCUGGCAGCUUGGCGGCCGAUGAAACGUCAUCAGCAGCUAAAGAUCCUGUGCUUCAGAGUGUAGUGGACGUCACAAAGAAUCAGCAGUCCUUUCAAGACGGCGAGGUCAAACAAGUAGUGGUCCAAGAGCAGUCCACAAAGAUGGAGAUUGCCAAAGUUUCAAAUUCUGCCAAAAGAUCUGCGGACGCCUCCUCUGGCCUAUCUUCGCCACCUCCCCCCUCUCUUCUCCUACCUGGGGUCGUGCCUCCAGGAGACAAGGCUGUCAACUCUGCCUCCUCGUCUCACCUCAGGGGAGACCUCAGCCCCACUUCUAACCCGAGCUCAGUCGCGGAGGACACCACCCUUUCCUCGCUCCACUCCACUGACACUCCAGCUGUGAGCCCUGAAACCCAGCACUCGGUGCUGGACGCCUGCCCCCACGAUGUCCUCUACAUCUCCGACCUCAUCUCCUUCUCCUCCAGGUUCUGUGGGUCCAACCGGCCCCCCAGCAGCCAGCUGGUGUUCGGCUCCAACCAGGAGAUGGUGGAGGUCAUCAUGGAGCUCAUCACCACCACCCACUGGGGCCGCGGCUUCGCUCUUCUCUUCCACUACCACAACCUGACCGAGCCAGGAGGGGGGCACCGGGUCUCUGCUCCCACAGCCAGCAAGGUAGACUCUUUGCUGGCUGCUGUGAGCGGAGCUACCUUCUUCGCAAUGAUACUCACAAGUGCCCUCUGCAUCGUUUUCAGACCCAAACUGUGUCCAAAAAGAGCCGGCUCCUGUGCAUCCAGCAACUCUGAGGUGCCGGAGGGAGUCCAGAACACCGGGGCUGAGGUCAGUGAGCUGCAGCUGAUGGCUGAGGAUCAGACCAACCUGGAAGCGACUACAGAGCAGGACAACAACAACGACAGCCCGCCACACUCAGUCAGUGCUGGCGGGGACGUUUCCCAGAGUGCAGAGGUGGACCUUUCCUGCAGCGGUUUGACUGAACUCGACCUUGGUGCAGAUGAGGUUUUCAUUGUAUCUUCAGCUCCCAGCUCUAGCAGGCUACCUUUCUCACCUCACACGCAGCGGGAGAGGUUUCUGCGGCACAGUGACACCGGCCCCGGCCCUGCAAGUGACUGGCCCUCACCAGACCCCACCACCUCACCCACUGGCACCAGGUCCACCAAGGACGGCAGCGGUGGCUUAGCCAGGCCGAGAGCGUGGAGCGUACGCACCUUCCAGGACUUCCUCCCCCCUCUGCCGCAGCUGCAUAAGAAGUGGUGCAGCUGGAACUCCAGCAGUCCCUUCACCAAGCUGGUGGAUAGCGCUCCAUCCAGCUUGGUAGCUGACUGCCAACGGGAUAACGGCAGGAUGGUCUUCUCCGAUGUUCACCUGGACGCUGAGGCAGACACCAGCCCCGUCUCCGAUUCCUCCAUCAGCAACGCCUCCUACCCGCUUACGCAGGCCGCUCAGAGGCAGCGGCGUCUCAACUCCAACAGCAACCUGCGGCGCUCGCGCUUCACAGGGCCUUGCUUUGGCCUGCUUUCCGGGACGGCAGACACCGCGAAGGCCUCCGGGGUUCCUCAAGCCCAGGGCUCCCUCUCAGAUCCCAGCGCUGGCUCAUCUUCUUCUUCCUCCCAGUGUCAGAUCGAGAGCAGCCAGGCCGGAAAGAGGCGCGAGUUCCCAGGAGAGAGUGACCACAUCAGCGUGCAGGUGUUUGCCAUCUCUGGAGGAGGGACCGGCAGCCCCUGGUCUCGGCUGAGCACCUGGACCAGACCUCUGCCUCGGCCCUGAAUGGAUUGGCCAAAGGGACAUAUGGGGGAAGGGACCUGCCGUUGGAAACACCAGCCUCAGCCUGCAGAGCCAGAGGGCCAGACCAGAAUGGAGGCCCUGGGGAAGCCAGGUGUCAGGGGGGGUCGGUCCACUCCCUCCCAACACGCUCCCCAUCAUGACUGACUCGAGCCAGCCGUCUCUCAGUAAGGCCACAAUGCUGUGCAGUGUGACCAACCUGAUGUGACCAGACAGGCUACAGUUGAUGAAGAGCAUGGACUCUGGUGGGGCAGUUAUGCAUUUCUGAACUCUUGUUAGUUCCACCUUGUAAAACAUAUAUAACCUACUUUAAUUUCUAAAAUCAACUUUUAUAAAAUUAUUAAGUACAGUAUACUGUAGCCUCCUACUGGAAAAUAUAGUCCACUCACUCUAGUUGUUUUCUAUUUUUUUUUUUUAUAUAAGUUGUUUGGACAAAGAUGGAAUAUUAUGCUGCUUACUAGCCACAACACUGACUGCUGUGGUAUUACAUGUUUUAAAAAAAAAUGACGGACUGCAAACAUGAAAAAAAAUGUUUUUUUGUUUUUUUUGAGUGAGUACUCCAGAAGCCCCAACUCUUAGGAGCACUUUUCAACCAGAUUUAUUAACCAGUUUGAUGCUAUUCAGUGAGCUGUAAUACUCCCAAUCAUUGCACUUUGCUUAAAUAGCUCAUUCACUGUAGAUCUUGUUCUGCCAUGUGCCAGCUUUCUCCUUCAUGUGGUUCUUCAUGUUGUCAUAUUUUAGCUCAAGCUAACAAAUGCUUAUACAAUUACUCAUUACCCAAAAGUGUUCUGAAAAGCAUAGAACAUACAAUAAUGUUGCAACAGUGUGCGCGUACUGGAUUAUAAAAGGGAAAUCAAAAUAAAGUAAAAGCAUAUAGAGAACUAAUAUUCACUAUUGUUUAGUAUAAAGAGAACUAGCAAUCACAAUAGCAUUUAAAAUGAGGUAUGAAUUGAUGUAAAGUUUAAAUAAAGUCUGUCAAUUA